UGUUCGUACUGCUUUUUUAGUUUUUUAAUGGCGUUGUUUAUUGUUGUCGGCGCACAGUGCUAAAUUUUAUUAUUGAAUAUUAGGAGGGCUGAAGCUAUGCUUUAAUUUAUCUGACAAUGUAAAAACGUUGAGGUGCUGUAAAAAUUGGACGUGCAUUUUUUGUUCUAAUAUAAACGAAUUUCAAAAACUUAAACCUUCCAAGUUCUUUCCUUUGGGUAAAAAUGGAUAUCAAAAGACUUUCUAUGAACACUUCUUUAAAAAAUGCUAGAAUUUUUGAUGAUGAUUCCUGGGAUGCAGAUACAGCUGGUUUGACUAUAAAACGGGAACCAGAGUAUUCAGAUUAUGAUGAGAACCAAUUUAAAUCCAACAGUGUUCAACAAGAAGAUGUAAAAAUCAAGACUGAAAUAAAAACUGAAACUGAUGAAGGAUCACAAUUCUCUAGUGAAGAUGAAGAGGAUUAUUCGACACGAAAACUAAAACGUGAGGAUGUUUCAAAGACAGAACUAAAAACAGAAUUUUCCUACAAUGAGAACUCUAAUGAUAUGUUGGAGGAGAGUUAUUUGGACAAUAUAGAUGACAAGCUUAAAAGUAAAAUAUUGAAUACUCCAAAUAAAAUUACAGAUAUUCUAACGGAAGACUCCAAUCCUUCGCCUUUCAAUAAGGAAUUGUUUAAAAACUUUAAAAUUGGUCAGGGGUACGGUAGCCCGGAGCAACAUGGUUCGAAACAUGAGUCGAGAAAGAGUGUUAAGAGAUCAGUUUUUACACGCCUUUCACCAUAUAAAAAGUAUUCAAAUGAGGACACAUCCCUAAACAGUCAACCAACAACAGCUAAAAAAAGGGCUGGGACACACACAUCUCCAGAGCUUCCAAGGAAAAGAACGAAACCACUAGAACCUGAAAGUGAUCCUCUUACAUUAUCAAGGCGGCAAAAGCAAAUAGAUUUCGGUAAAAACACCACAGGAUAUGACAAUUACAUAAAUACUGUGCCGAGGAACGAAAGAAAACGAGAGGACCCACAGACACCAAAUAAAUUUGUUAAAUAUUCUCGCCGCGGUUGGGACGGGCUGAUCAAACAGUGGCGAAUAAAGUUGCAUAAGUACGAUCCUGUUGACACAUGAACAUUUGUAAAAAAAAUAACGCGUUAUUUUAGUUGCUAGGUACAAAUGUUUAUUUUUAAUUUGUUAAAAAAGGAGUUUAUAAUAAGCUCCUAUUUAAUUAUAUAUUUUAAGGCAUAAAAAAAUUAUUUAAUUUUAUAUUGAUUACUUUAAAAAAUUCAUUCAAAGCGUAAACCUAUAUGAUUUCAAUUUGGAUUAUACUUAACGCAUCUUUUAAGAACGGACUAUUUAUUUUAUGUAGUGAUGUUUUAUAUGUCAUUUUAA